AUGCAAUCUUAUAGGCCUUCUGAACGCUCGAGCUACAAUACGGAGGAUAUUCGGCAUAUUCGGCAUAUUCGGCAAGAGAUACAUGACGAUUAUGAGAGGCUCAUCAAAAUGUACCGUCGCCUCGCCGAGACCAGGUCAACGAUGUCGGAGCAUGAAAUUCGUGAACAAGAGCGCAAAAUAAAUUAUCUGAAAUCUACUAUUGAGAAUCGGCAAAACGAUAUCGGAUGGCGGCCGCCAUCGAUGGGAGCGAAUCGGAUGGGACGUCAAUCCGAAGCUGCGGGAGAUUUAGAAGAGCAGCUCGAGAGAUUGAAAUUGGGGAUGGAGCAACUUAUGGAGAACCAACAAUGGAGCAAGGCCCAAAAAGCGAAACUCGGUGAAAGAAUUAACCAGAGGAUCUUGGCACGCAGCCAGUAUGGGCAGAAGGACCGUGGAGUCAUACCAGGGGCAGUCACAGCAUCGCGGACGACCUCGGCAGCAACGGCCAACGACGAGCUCAGGGCCAGCUUCGAGUCGCCGGCAGCAUUCCGUAUCGUCGACAAGUUCGCGCUCUGCAUCAGCGACGAGGAAUGA